AUGGCUACUGAAGGGACCUCCAUGCAGGCCAAUGCAAAUUCAGCAGACACUGCGGAAAUAGUCAAGGAACACUCGCAUGCAUUCCAGAACAGAUUGAAUACGACACAAACAGACAGUGACCCUGCUAUCGACACAGCAAAGCCCAAGCUGGACGGACAAGAACGUAAGGCAGCUACUGAGGUUGAACCAGCUACUGAGGUUAAGCCAGCUACCGCGGUUGAGCCAGCUACUGAGGUUGAGCCACGUAAGUCCGCUGCAGACACCGAGCCGCCUGUUGCAGAGCAAACUACGGAGGAGUCGACUGCAGCGGAUAAUGUGGAAUCUUCUGUCGGCAGUGUUCCCAUUGCCGCCAAGUCGCAGGAGACACUAGGGCCGAUGAAUGAAACAAAGGUCGGCGAAAAGCGUGACCUCGAUUCAACUGUGACGCCUGUCCCGGCUGGAACUGCGACGAACGGGCCUGAACCAUUGGAGGGACCUGGUAGCAAAAAGGCUAAGACAGACAAAGAACUUGUCCCGGGUCACAAUGGCACUACCGCUGCUCCUUCUAAAGCAGAAGACGAAAAACCGAAGAAGGAUAGCCGAUCGAAGACAGAGAAGAUCAAGGACGCUGUGAAGAAGGUUGUUCAUCCAGGAGAUGGCGUUGGCAGCCGGACCCGCAGCCGGACCAAGGAUACUUGA